AGCGCCCGUGCAUUCUUACUUUACCAAAUCAAGCAAAGUAUCCUAGACCCGGUCUAGUGUAGUUUGACUGGUCAAGUAAUUUACACUAUCAUUUUUGGCGCCACCCAUGGGACCGUUAAGGUUUCUUCUCCUCUAAACACAAACCUACCCACAAAAACACCACUCAAAAUGUCUUCAAGCCAGCAAAUGAACGCUACUUCCGUUCAGGUGCAAGCCACCGCUGAGGGGGUGAGCAUCCCCAUGGUUGCUAGCCAACCGGCUGUUUCUGCUCCCACGCUGCCGAUGGGUCUGAGCUCGGUCCCAACACCCGACAUGGUCAGCCCGUUCACGAUCCCCGUCCCUUCCGCUGGACCAAGGGUCACAUUCCCACCAAGCAUGACUCAGUUCAUGAACGAUUCGGCCAACCUGCAGGCCAUCCAGGGCUUUGGCCAGGUCAUGGCCAUGUGCCAACAGAAUGGGGGGAUGCCUUUUCUCCCUGGUAUGUUCCCGUUCGCUCUUCCAGGUGCGGGAACCAUGCCCCUACAAGCUCCAAUGGCGGUGUCUCCCUUCCAGACGCCGGUGCCGCAGCCAUCACCUUUCCAGCCGCAGCUGGUCAGCACCGUAGCUCCUGUCAACCUGACUAGCGCGCUUAACGCUGCAGGGCCGUCGCGUCCCCCGCAAGGUACGAAUCCACAAAACACCCCUGAUGGUCAUUGCGUCUCAGUUGAGAGUGAUGACGGCGAGUGGGACAUUCCGAGGGCCCACAAGAAGAAGAAGGGAAAAAACAUCCGGCCAGCAACUUCCCGAAACUCCGCCUUCGAAAGGCUGGGGGAUAGGGAAGAAGGCCAGAGGAAGUCGGCCAAACUGAGGCUGGGGCAGAGCGUUGCCCAUGUCAGCGCAUUCGCCCGGUUAGGCGAGGUGAGGGAGGCCGAGCCUGCCCGCACCCAGCGCUCCCGGUCUAACCGGCAGGAGCCAGCGAGGACGAGGGCCUCUCGUCAAGAAGAGGAAGCAGAGAGCCAGCCCAGGUUACCAGUGGCGAACCGGUUAACCGUCCCAAAUGACCGCGUCCAGCAGAUGGAGGCGAAGCUUGAAAGGCUGGAAAAGAAGGUUGGGGGAAAGAAUGACCGGGACAAACCCCUGGCGGGGUCCCCAUUCACCACAAGGGUCCACCUGACACCUUUCCCGCGAAAGGUCAAGAUCGACGCCCUUAGAUUCACCGGGAAGGAAGAUUCGGAAAAUCCACCUGGAUUUUAUCAACCAAAGUGCAACCAUGAACGGCUGCACAGACGAAGAAAAGCCAAGUUCCAGGAGAACUGUACUAAGAGGAAGAAAUUCACCUAUCUUAGUACAGCCGGGCAAAGGGAGUCUGAGAACCUCACUCAGUUCCUUACCCGGUGGAAGGAAGAGGUAGACAAGGUGGAAGAGAUGGAUGACAAGACCGUCUUGUCCCUUCUCUUGAAUGGCUUACGUGCUGGGGAACUAUACAAGGAGUUCUGCCGGAAGACCCCGGCCACGUACCAAGAGGCCUACCACACUGCCUGGGAGUUUGCUGAGGCUGAAACUCAACUCCGGGCGAAGAAGGAAGCUGAGCAUGGUUACAAGCCCAAGCCAGUGCAAGUCAAGAAGGAAGAAGCACCGAGACCUAGCCGGCCAAGGCACCAUUAUGACCCGGUCGUCCGUAUGGUCAAUACAGAAGAAUGCCAAGAGAUCGGAAAAGCACCGGUCAUUCCUCCGAAAAACCCUACCGGUCAAGCAGGACGACAAUGGUCGGGCACCUAUUAUUUGUACCACAGACCGGGCAUCAAUAAGGUCGGGGCGGUGAUUUCCAUGCCGCACCUGUGCAUGAAGUUCCACACUCCAGGUGGUGUGGGUGAAGUGAAGGGCGACCAGAAAAACGCCCGGGAGUGCUAUGCCCGGGCAGUCAAGAAGAUGACCAAGGGGGUCAAUGUCAUCUCCUAAGAGAUCACAAAGGGAGAGACCCGGGAGAAUUU